AAGAUAGGUUCAGGUUCAUAGACUGAAAAGGUCUGAACAUAGAAUAAAGCAAAUCAAAACAAACGCAAACAAAGAGGGAAAUUCAAAACCAUCAACACAUUUCCGUGUGAAACGGUCGCCAUCGCUGCAUUAAUUUCGUCAUAGAAAAUUAUUUUCUUCAGUUUUUCGUCGUUUAUUGUCGAUAUUAGAUUAAAUUUGAGUGAAGUUGGUUUAUGCAGAAUCACGAUUUAUUUUCCUGGAUUCAAUUCCGAUUGAGAGUGCAGUUUAAACUUCAUUGUUCCUUAUUCAUCAGAUAGGACCGUUGGAACAACGAAUCAUGGAUUCGAGGGCGCUAGAUGCUUUGAAGAAACAAAGAUAUCUAGCAGCUCAAACGCUGCAGAAAGCUGACGAUAUGAGAGAGCGUAGUCCAAUUAACGGAAAAAGUAUUGCUAGAAAUAAUCGGUUCGUGGCCUCGCCCCCAACGCAAGAUUGGGAUGAUACGAGAAGUGACAAUGGAUCUAUGCUUCAACCUAGACAGUGUAGAACCAUAAACAUUACAGAACUUGAAGAGGAUAAAACAAUACAUGUGCAAGCCACGCCUCAGAAGCUAUCGUUCGAUCCCAAUGAAAUUUCAGCUAGUUCCUCUAUAAAGCAUUUAUCUUCGGAACAGACCCGAAGAAAACUUCCACUGGAGCAGAUGGCACCAGAUAUCCAUGCUAUUUUGAACGAAAGUAUUGCUCCAGAGGUCCGGGAACUAAGUGGCAUGUACAGUAGUAGGGCGUCGAAUUCCCACGAUUUGGCGAUGCAUUUGCUCCAGUCAGAUGACCGAGCGGAUGUGAGUCUACCGAGAACGGCGGAUAUGAGCCGCCUGUCAGCUAUGAGAGAAUCUCUGUCGUCAAAUGUGUCGAAAAGCGCUCAGGAAGACUUUUGGGAUUUGCCCGCGACCGGUGCGGCACCUCCCUUUGCAAGCAGUUGGAUGCAGAAGGAGUUGACCCAGCUGGAGGACAUCAGUUUUCAACCGGCAGAAAGUCAGCAAUCGCGUCUUAUUGCCGAUGAGCUGGCGUGGGAGCAAGAGUAUGCUGUUUUGCCACAGUUGAACACAGAAAUAAAGACAAAAAAUACAUCUCAUGCAGAUCGACCGAAGCUGCCACGAAACUUGAAAAAUCACGUUGAUUUUUCCUGCUUUUCGGGAUAUUUAGGACAGGUGGAACCGUUGCAGGCCACUCGCGUUGAAGAUACAAGUUUCUGCUCGGUAGGUGAAUAUUUCAACAAGAUGUCGGAUGACUUGCAUGGCAUGAUUUCGGAAACGAGUCCUCCACGCCGAACGCCACUUCCUUUAGUAGAUUUGAGUAAUUUAGGAUCUUGUGAAUCUGGUGGAAAGACUCCUGCCAAACCAAGACGGAAUGCGGAAUCGAUCUCAAACACAACUGACAAAGAAAAUUCGCUUAGCGUUUCUGAACUAAUGAAGGCUAUUGGAUCGAUAAAACUUGAAGACUCGCCAACGGAAUUUAUCAACAAAAUUCAACACAUGAGUAAAGGAAAAGCUGGUGAACUGACGAAAAAUCGGCCGAGCAUGCCAACAACUCCGAAGCCACAUUCAUCGACGACGGUACAUAAAACCGCAUCUUUGAAAACCGAUUUGGCGUCAGUUGUUCAAACGCCGUCCUUUAUGCGUGAUCUGGAGAAAGCAAAAACACAUACCGCACAGCAUGGUAAUCUUUCCGAUACUGCAAGCUUUACCGAAUCUCUCCUAGAGUCAUCAGCUUUCAUUCCGAAAGAUCCUAGAUUGGUCACAUCGAGCCCGGUAGAUCUUUCCGCGCCUCCUUCAGCAGCUAAAAGCACUCAGAAUGGAAUCGAUGGAACGUACAAUAUUUCGACUGCGAAGAAACCACUUCUGGACACAUAUCGAUUAUCGACGGCAGAUCAACAGGAACAUUCUUUUGUUCCAGUUAUCCAUGAGCCUCCGAAGUGUCAGAAAAAGAUUCAACUAGAAGUUCCACCACUGAAACCGAGCCGUAAACGGAGAUCUAGUUCUGCGACACGUAAGGAGCUCAUAGAAGCCGAAGAGAAACGUUUGGAAGCUGCACAGAUACAUCAAAAACGAUCUCGAUCCCCCACAAAUAUUGCGGAACUGAAGGCAGUAUCCAGUCACAUGACCGUCCACAACGAAACGCCGAAAAGUUCCAUCCCUUCGCAACGAUCGCAGCCGAAGUCAACUAACCGAUCAUUUCUUUCACCGGAGCCCAGGAAUCGUGACGUUUACCCGAGCGAUAAGUCUCCGUUCACCUCGCCCAAAUCGGCUGUUUCUUCGGAUUUACGAGAAAUGAAUCGAGCUACCUAUUCGGAGCCUUCUAAAUCCCCGAAAAGAUAUAAUACUUUGGGGGCUGCACGUUCCGCUUCACAGUGCUCGGUUACCAGCAGUGAAUUCAGUCAUAAGGAUGGCAUUCUUCCACUGAAGGCCACCCACUCCGAAUUGUCCUGGCCAAGCACGAAACUGAGGAAGAGUGAGAAGAAAUCGUUACAAAUCAAAAAUAUGUCUAACAAGAAACUGAUCAUCAAAGCCAGCAUUACAGGGCCAGGCUUCCAGUUAUGCGGAACUGAGCAAGUGCUAACGCUACACAGCCAGGAAUGUCGAACGGUCACCAUCGAUUUUUGUCCAACCGUAAUUGGUCCUGCUGUUGGACUUCUCAGCUUUCUGCCACCACAUGACAACUAUGCUCACCGCUCAGUUUCUCUAUUUGGCUACGGUGGUGAGGCAUCUAUUCGUGCAGAAGGAAUCCAGAAAGGCCCCACUGGACCCUAUUUGGAACUCGGCCAGGCUCGCAAUCUUGGGCGGCCUCUCGAGAAGUCCUUCACGCUCUACAACAAAGGAAGUCUUCCUGCAUUCGCUCGCGUUGCCAUCGACAUGAAGAAAGUGGAUCAAACCUUCCUGGCCACUGCAGUAUUCGUUCAACCACAAAAGGUCAUCAUUCCACCGAACACGUACGUCCACAUCAAUGUCAGCUUCAAACCUCGUCGUCAGGAAAUCGCAAAAAUUCUUCAAAAACAAGUCGACGUCCUCUCGAUCACGAAUCUCCACAUCAUCUGGGGCGAUGAAGCGACUCGGCACCGCAUUCGCCGAAUAAUCAGCCUCAUCAAAAGGAACGACCUGCAAGAUGAUAAUUUCUCUCCCCUGGCUUCCGUUUGCGAAUUUAUUCCGAACGAAUCUGAAUUCAGUGAAUUGGAAUGCUUCUCCGAGAAUCUUUUCCAAACUGUUCACGAGCUUUUCCUGACUUUUCGCGAGUACGAACUGGUCCUGACGGUCGACCGGGCUUUGGACGAAACUAUGAUCGACUUUACCCUCACGGAGGACAGCAGUGCCCUGUUCAAAACCAUGUGUCUUUCGGACGGGGGCUCACCUCGCCUCCCAGAUGACAUCUCGCCGGCACUGCAAUCGGCGAAACGGCAAAGCGGUGAAUCGUGGAGUGUUCGACCAACUUUUCUGGAGUUUACGGCCGCAGAACGCACGAAACAGUUUGUGAUCAAAAGUAACUUCUAUACGACUCAAUUUUUUGAACUGAACUCCAACUUCCGACCGUUGUUCAAGUUCUCGCCCAUGGAAGGCCAAAUCCGACCCGGGCAGGAGGUGAUUGUAAAUGUUAAUUUCCAGACGGGCCCACAGCCGCAGCAACCGAUCGUUAUUGUGGUUUACAUUGAGAACGAGAAGAUUACAAUUCCGGUGCACAUUCGCUACCGUGGUCGACAUGACAAUGGAUUGUACUGAAACGAAAGGCUGCCAGCAUUAGCAUGUUAAGUCCUGGUUGAGACUAUCAAAUUAAUAAGUAGAUAUAGUUUAUUGUUAUUAAUUUAUUCUUACUCGCCUAUUGCGAUCAAGUGCACUAACCAAGGUUGGCUUUUAUAUUGUCCUCACGUUUAUAAUUAAAUAUACAUUACUAAACAACUG